AUGUCCAAACCACCUUCCAAGUCCAAUAAGAAAGUCAAACGGGACGAUAAGAGUGAUUCUGAAAGCAGUGAUGAUGAUCUGCAGCCGAUUCACUUCUUUGUCCCCGGCGAGAACAUCAACGCCGCUGUUCUUGUCGAAUAUAUCACUCAAUAUGUCGACAGCACCGCGAAAAUCACCUCAAGUCAUCAUCCAACUGACAGAUCCCGAACCGGCUUCAACGUCCUCGCAAAGAAAACCCUCAACGCCGUCAGCCUCCGCGAUCUCAUAAACGAUUCCAAGGACUGGGAUCUAGAAACACAGAGCAAAAAAUUUCGGAAAGACCCAUAUCGAUAUGCAGAUUCGGAUACAGCAAGACGGCGAGCCCGUCAGGGUGCAUCAAAAGGUGGCACGGAUCGACCCCAGCGCCAACGCCGGGAGCGCGAGGCGUCAUUGGAGCCGGCCGAAAGUCAUCGCCGCGAUAGAGUCACCAGUCCACCGAGUAUGAGUAAUGUUCCCGCCCAAUACAGCCAGUACCCGUCUUCACAGCCUCACGACUUCUCGAGAAGCACGGGUGGAUAUUAUCAACAACCAUCCAGACCGGAGCAGGGGCCCAACACUUAUCAUACCUAUAACAUUCACGCCACGUCGUACAGCGCCAAUAUCCCUGUGAGCGCCAGUCAAUAUAUGCAGAAUCCAUAUCCCAGUAGUGGCGGUUACUCUCAAAUCCCCAACCCCGAUCCCAGCUAUCCACCACCAUCAUACGAACAGUCCAACACGGGGGUCCCGCCACGACCUCGACCUUUGCCUCCAGGCCAUCCGGAUCCGGACAUAUUCGACCGCGAAGACAAGCCCCGGAUUUCGGAUACCAUGGACCAUCCCUCUUCACGACAAGGGUCAAUAGCUCCGGGGGAAGAGUCGGGUCGGUCGUAUAGUUCUUCCCAAAGUCGUCGACCAGCAGCUCAUGACGAGAUGAUGCGAAGGUCCGGUCACAGAAGCUAG